UCGCCGAGCGUUUCGACGGUGGAUCUCGAUCCACACAGCCCCCGUCCCAUCUUCAAGAAAACGCCAUUGCUCACCAGCCUCGCAUCUUCCGUCCACGACUAGAAAACCGAAGAGAAACAGAGGCGAUGUCGUUUUGCUCGUCUCUGUCAUCAUCUGCACGGCCCUUCCCUCUCUUCUCCAAGCUCAAGCAGUCCGAUGGCGACCACAGGCACGCCGCCACCGUCUCCGCCAGCCCACGCUUCAAGGCCUCCGCCGACGUUCCUGACUUCCUCUCCGCCGAUUGGCUUGAAUCUCGGAAGAAGAGACCUUUUGGGCCAAGACUAAAUUUUAGUGCAGAGGAAGCUGUGCAGCACCAGCUGGACGCACUGAAGUACAAUGACCAACCCCGACCAGAUUAUGGCAUUGAGGUUAUGUACAGGUUUGCUGGUUUCGAUCCUUUUGAGAGGUCGCCUUACUUCGGACCCUUCUUCGACCUGGGGCAGUUUGGGCGGUUUAGGCGUAUCUUUCACCAUUCCACUUACCGAGUUCUACUUGGUCACAAAGACAGGAAGAUCUUGAGCAGCCUAUUGGUGAAAGAGAAUCGAUUUAAGCAGCGGGUAUGGAUACAAGGAUCACGUCCUGAAGAGGAAGAAACAUUUGAAUUUACCUUGGUUCAGAGGGUUGGUGGUUCUUGGGACGGUUAUUGGCUGACAGAAUCUCUGCUUCACGAUGGAGACGCCUUUUCCGGUGGUUUGGCUUACUGAUUGGCGAGUGCCUCCUAUGAUGUAUAGAUAAACUAGACAUAAGCAUAACUCCCAAGAUAACACAUGGACGGUGUCUCAGCCUUCAUAAUAUGUACUUAACACAGCAAAUAAUACGAAAGCCCAAUGUCAAUGAAGCUUUGGCCAGGGUCGGUUGUAAAUAUUAGACCUUCAAUUAAGGGUAAUGCUAGCUUUUGCUUUCAAUUGUGAGUGAAGACUUUUCAUGAA